AAAGGUUAUGAGAUGGAAUGAUAGGCAUAACACUAGGAAGGUGAAUCAGGAUCAUAAAGAUUGGCAAAUGAUCAAAAAAGAUUAUCAAAGCGGUGAAGAUGAUGGGCUUAAUGAUAUAUCGAACAACGUAGAUGAUCAAACAUUGGCUGCCAGAUUCAAAACCUUUAAAAUUCCUAUUUUACCCAAAAAAACACUAAGAUCGAAUUCUAAAAUACCUAAUAAAAUUGCAGAUAUCAAGGUUCAAUGCGAUAUCUACGACGAAAGCAUGGCUAUUUUAUUGACUUUUUUGAAACCCUUUAAGGGCGUCGUUUAUUCCAAGGGUUAUUAUAAAAGCGAAUUUUGUAGGGUCAAUGGAUUAUUCGAUUUAUACUUAUUCGAUUGUUAUGCUCACGAUGGUAUGGGUAACGAAAAAAUUAGAUUGAUUGAUGAAAACGGCUGCCCAGAAAAUGAAAAUUUGAUAGGAGCUCAGAGCAGGAGUGAACGAGUAUUAGAUAAAAUGUCUGAACGGGAGGACUAUGACACGUUUGAAAAACAUGUGUAUGCUCCUUUCAAUGUCUUUAAAUUUCCAGAUGUACCAAAUGUUUACUUUGAUUGCUAUGUCCAAAUAUGUUAUAAAGAAUGCCCCAAGCCAGUUUGUUCAAUUGAUAGAUACACAGCAGGAGAUGACAACGAUAAUGAAGAAGAGGAAAGAAUGUCUCCUAACGAAAGCAGGAUAGGAAACCAUCACCCUGACAUUCAGGGGGAUUACAUGGAGGACAUGCCAAGAGAAACUAGCCGUAAUUCGGAUGAUGAUGAAAGUGAAAAGGAGAAGAUAACGCGCGAAGAAGAAGAGUUAGGACGGGAGAUUGAUAGAAUCAGAAAACGGCCAUUCGAUAUACCACGCGAUAGUUUUCAUGAAAGAUUACCUUUAGUUGUUUCCAGGGAUAGAAAGGAUAGGAAAGAACGUUCAUUUGCUAAUAAUAAAGUUAAAGAGGGUGGAGUGAAAGUAACGAGCAAACUGUUCAAGAGGCAAAUCACCACAUAUUUGGUUAAAAAUGAUUCUGAUUCUAAAAAUGGUAGCGGAAAUAUGGGGAAGACUGUUAAUCUAUUCAGCUCGAUUGCCGUGAUGAUACCAGGCGAUAAAAACACUUUGAGCGAAGAUGGCAUAUAUUUCGCUAAGGUACCCACAACAACAGUUUCAAGUUCAUGGUGCUUUUCCCCUAAUAACUUCAUGGCUGUAAUUAUUGCUUCAACACUUUUGGUAAUCCUGAUGAUAACUGGAAUGAUAUACACUUAUCACAAUACCCAUAUCAGGGAAAAAAGCCAUUCUAUAAACAAACACUUGUUUCGCGGUUACAAUAGAAAAUGCCAGGAACUGGCAGAGGACAAAUUUUAAUAUUAUUAUAUGAGUUUAUAUAUGAUUUUGUUACACAAUGAAAAUAGAAAUAU